CUUAAAAUGUAGGUUAUCUUGUACUUAGUCUAGCCGCAAUUGUCGGUCAUCAUGAAUGCAGCGCGAAAGCAUUUUCAGGGUUAGGGUGGGCUUGCUUUCGUGUGAUAUACAAAGAUCCUGUGACAGAUCGCGACAUGUUAAACCGUAUUAUGGAUUAGGGGGAUGUCUAGGAAAGUAAUAGGAUGAUGAGCGGCGAAUAAAAUACGAACAUCAACACUCUAAUGUGAUGUAUGGUGAGAAUACAAACCUAACUCACGUAGCCAUUAAAGCAGGUUGAAAGACACUAUUUCGCAAAACCUUACUUUCUUUGUGGCGGUGCCGUCUUAUGUAUGGUGACUCCUUUGAAAAAGCGCAACCUUAACCCACGUCUCCGUGCAUCCCCAUGUUUUUUAUACCUUUUGUCCAGUGGGGGCACCUCAAUGGGUGCGUUCAUGUUAAAAUAGGGGAGCUGUAUUAGAGAAGUAGGAACAGUAUUAGUAGCCAUAGUCUAUCCGUUGUCGUAGAAUCAUCACCACUGUUGAGGGUGAAUAUAUUAGGUGACGAACUAGAGAAUUCAAAUGACAGACACGAUUUUAUUAGGUCUUUGUGGCCCUCGCAUUGCUUUUGUUUCCCCACGCUACGCGUUGGUUAUGGCGAAAGCGCCCAGAGUAUUCUCUUUUAAACAGGGACGAGGCUGAGGACUGGUUUGUUGAGGGUGGCUAAUCUGAGGGCUGCACAUGGCGUGUAGACACAUCACGAUGGAAACGAUGAACACCUAUGAUGGAUUACAUUUAUUUGAAUAUAUGUUAUAGCGCUUAAUUGCAGAGUAUACACGUUAGCCAUAUGUUAGAGAGGGUAUGUAAGCCGAUGAAUGGGAACGUGUUGUUAACCUAACAACUGAACAAGCCACCCCCUUUCUUUAGCUGCGUCCCUCCUCCUCGCUGCUUCUGUUCAAGGGGUAGUCAGCAGAGCGAUCCCCUUGUUUCAGAGUUGUCUGAUAGAUAAUUGUCACACUGAUUUCUACCAUAAUUGGAACAUUUACAAUGUGAGAACAACUGCCAAAGAUUCAAGUGGGCAAACUAAAACACACGACCAAGGAGUCGUCGAGAAUAAUUAUUCAGAAAAACUCGGAACUGGGAGAGAUUUGAAGACGGAGUUCUCCAAACCCCAGUCUCAUCCCUCGAACCUGGAUAUCGGAAUGGUGUGUCGGGACCCCAGUGGGUUCGGAAAUGCGCCAUGUUUGUGCGAGCAUUGAGCCUGACAGACAUGCCUGGCUUGUCCUUACCCGUGAUGCAGCUGACUUUGCCGGCUCGGAGCACCGAUAAUCUGGACAGUUCCGGGGAGCCCACUACCCGCUCUGUGGGCACCACUGCCAACUUGAAGGGGAAGAUGAGCAAGAGGCUGUCCGUUGUGAAAGGCCACUUCCCCAAGCUUGCCGACUGUGCCCACUUCCAUUACGACAAUGUCGACUUCGCUUCCAUUGAGUUGCAGUUUGCGAAUGAGCAGAACGAUGCCAGCUGGACGACGGGCGCAACCAAAGACCUGGUCUUCCUUGUGCAGGUGUCUUGCCAGGGCAAGACGUGGAUGGUCCGGCGGUCAUACGAGGAGUUCUGCACGCUGGACGCCCACCUGCACCAGUGCAUCUACGACCGCCGCUACUCCCAGCUGCUGGCCCUGCCGCCGCUUGCCGAGCUCGGAGACAAGGUGGAGAUCUUCACCCCACUGUUGUCAGAGUACCUGAGUCGUCUCUCUAUGAUUGUGGACAACAAGCUGAACUGUGGGCCUGUGCUCACCUGGAUGGAGAUUGACAACCACGGCAACAGAUUUAUGCUGAAAGAAGAGGCCUCACUGAAUGUCCCUGCCAUCGCUGCCGCACACGUCAUCAAGCGCUAUACCGCCCAGGCCAGCGACGAGAUCUCCAUUGAGGUGGGAGACAUCUUAUCUGUGAUAGACAUGCCACCCAAGGAGGACACCAGCUGGUGGAGAGGCAAACAUGGCUUUCAGGUUGGCUUCUUUCCCAGUGAGUGUGUGGAGCUGAUCAGUGAGAAGCUGCACCAGACUGUUAGCGCUCCUGCCUCAAAACUAGAGGUAGACGGAGUCCCUACCAAGGCGGGGGCCGUCAGUGCUGCGGGACCCCCCUCUCCUACAUCAGUGUCCAAGAAGCACGGCAAGCUGAUGGGUUUUCUGAGGACCUUCAUGAAGUCGCGGCCCACCAAACAGAAGCUGAAGCAGCGUGGCAUUCUCAAGGAGCGCGUGUUCGGCUGCGACCUCGGAGAGCACCUGCUCAACUCUGGACUAGAUGUUCCACAGGUGCUGAGAACCUGCUCCGAGUUCAUAGAGAAGCAUGGCAUUGUGGAUGGCAUCUACAGACACUCUGGAGUCUCCUCCAACAUCCAGAAGCUCAGGCAUGAGUUUGACAGCGAGAACGUGCCGGACCUGACGAAAGAAGUCUACAUGCAGGACAUCCACUGCGUGGGCUCCCUGUGUAAGCUGUACUUCAGGGAGCUGCCCAACCCACUGCUCACCUACCAACUCUACGACAAGUUCGCAGACUGCAUGGGAGAGAUGACCGACGACGAACGCAUGGUGAAGGUUCAUGACGUCAUUCAGCAGCUGCCCCCUCCUCACUACAGGACGCUGGAGUUUCUCAUCAAACACCUGGCCCGGCUGGCCACCUUCAGUGAAGAGACCAACAUGCACGUCAAGAACCUGGCCAUAGUGUGGGCCCCCAACCUGCUGAGGUCCAUGGAGAUCGAAGCGGUGGGUUUGAGUGGUGCUGAUCCGUUUAAGGAGGUCCGCAUCCAGUCGGUGGUGGUGGAGUUCCUCCUGUCUCACGUGGACGUGCUGUUCAGCGACACCUUCACCUCGGUGGGGCGCUUCAGCGCAGGACGGCAGUCUCUGACCAGGCCGAAGUCGUUUGUGUCCACGCGGCUGCUGUCUCUGGAGGAGGCCCAGGCUCGCACACAGGCACCGCUGCUCCUGCAGGGGGCGCCGCUGCCCUUCCAGGGCCAGUUCCACACUGUUCUCGACCUCCCAGAGGAAAGGAGGAAGAGGAGGAUGAAGGUGCGCAAGGCGUCUGGAGGAAGCUGGAAGACAUUCUUUGCCAUUGGGAAACCAGCAGGGUCAGGACGACGCAAGCCCAUGAGGAUCAGCUCCCUGUUCCAGCCGGCCACCUCUCACGCAGGGUGCCGUGUGGAUAGCGUCACGCUGCGUUCGGCCAAGAGUGAGGAGUCUCUGUCGUCCCAGCACAGUGGAGCAGGAGCAGGUCCAGGCAAGCUGCAGCGUCUGCGUCGCCCCCGCUCCAGCAGCGACGGCCUCUCUCUGGCCGCCUCCGUGGACCCCCAGCUGGUCCCCCAGCGGCCCCCCUCCCGUCUGCCCAGCAGCCGCUCCUACGACAGCCUGCUGCCCGAGGAGCGCCGUCGCGCCGCCGCCGAGGAGGAGGAUGAGGCGGAGGAGGACGACGAAGACGAGGAGGAGGACGAGGAGGAGGGCGUCUACAUGAUGGCCGACUUCUCCCAGGACCCGGCCGCCUCCUGGAUGGCCGAGGACGUCAUCGACUUCAGCCCGACCUUCCUGGAGGACGGUGGGCCGGUGGGGUUGGGCGGCGGUGCCGCAGCACCGGUCCCCGGGGGCAGGGAGUCCCCUCCGGCCGCCACACCCCCGCCCUACCGCUGCCUCAGCCACCAGAGCCAUGCCCACGCCGGCAGCCAGCGCUCCAUCACCGAGGACCCGGACUCGGUGCUCAACCAAUCAGAGGCCGGCCCGCGCAGGAGCCUGAUCCUGGCCGCCACGGCCCCUCAGACGCAGGUGUACUGCCAGCACCGGCCCUCCGCCACAGGCCCUGCCUCUGGGCCCGCAGAGUCCAGCGGGAGCCCCUCCCACAGCCACACCCCCUCCGCUGCUGCAGGCUCCGCCCCCCCGGCCCAAGCCCCUCAGGAGAGGCGCUCGUUCACGCGGAAGAUGGUGCACGCUCUCUCGCCCAAAGUCCCCAAAUCGCCCCCACUGGACAUUUCCGACCCCAUCGCCAUCAGCGUGCCAGCUAAGGUCCUGGAGAUGAUUGGCGGCCGGGCUGGCGAGCUGCAGCCCGUGGCUCAGGGAGGCGGGCCCUCCCAGCCCCCCCAGAUGAUCUCCAUGCUGCUGCGGUCAUGUGACUUCCAGCUGACGGAGAGCUGCCAGCAGGAGAUCAGCAGCAAGCUGGGCCCCGAGGCCAAGACCAAGGGCCCCAGCAUCAUGGGACCCACUGGCGUGCCUUUGCCCGCUCAGCAGCCCCCUCCCCCCCCACCCAAAAACCCUGCACGCCUCAUGGCUCUCGCUCUGGCCGAGAGCGCCAACAAAGCCCUGCGCCAGGGCGCUUCACCCCCCUACCGCCCCCCGCAGGCCAAAGCGCCCUCCGACACCGCUGACCUGCGCUUCCAAAGGUCACUGUCGGCAGACGCGAGCGAGCUGCACUCCUCCGACCCUAACCAGCUGUACUCGACUGUGAGGCCCCUGUCCGUGUGGAUGGCCGAGGCCAACGACACGGCUGCAGCGGAGCCCACAGACAGGCCUGGGCAGGAGCAGGAACCGAGGUCUCCCCCGGGACAGGACACAGGGACCCUCUCGUCCACUACCUCGGUGUCGGACUCGGGGGCGUCCAACUCGGAGCUGUCUGCUGGGAGCUCGUCUGGAGAUGGAGACCAGACCCCCAGCCCCAUCUACAAGAACCAGCAGCUCUCGCCCUCAGCCCAGGCUGGCCCUUCCUCCUCCAAACACAGCCCUUCCGCCUCCUCCGACGCCCCCCCUCAGAGGAAGCCCCCGGCGUACUCCCGCCAGUUCUCUGCCCCACACCUCCAGCAGCCGCAGAGGUCACCUGGGGGGCUCUCCAAGCCCACCGCUCAGCCUCCCAACCCACCACACUCCCAGCUCCUGCACUCGCGCUCCGAGAGCUCCCCUCUGGCCCAGGUCCGUGCCUUCCAGCCCACUCGCCCCAAAGUGCCCCCCAAGCCCCUGGACCUGGCCCCGCAGCGGGCGCCGCUCUCCAGGGCUGACCGGCAGGACUACUCCCGGCGCUCCUUGGACGCGGGCCGCGUCCGCCGCAUGAUGAGCCAGCCGCAGGGCAACCCGUCGGGCCUGUCCCGGGCCUAUUCCGAACGGGUCGCCGGCACCUCUGACCUGCUGGCCCGCUACCACGCGGCCAGAGCGGCCGGGCUGCCCUUGCCGCCUCCUCCACCGCUGCAGCAGCAGCAGCAGCAGCAGCCGCCCCCUCCUGCCUACAUCCGCCCGGUGCCGUCCUCCUCCGAGGACCCAGGCGUGGUGGAGAACUUCUAUUACGAGAUCGCGGCCCCCGAGCACCCGCAGGCUCCCCCGAGCUACGCUCGCCACAGCUACAUGAACAUGCGGCUGGACGUGGAGGGGAACUACCGGCCGGCGCCCAACGACCCAGCACUGAACCAGAGGACAGUGUCUAGAGGACACCACCACCACCACCACCACCACCCUCAGGCCCCCAGCGGCGGCGGUCCCGGCGGACGGGCACCACAGCUGUGGUCAGCGGAAGCCACCCGGGCGUGGGCCGCAGCGCACUCCCACUCCUACUCCUUCUCCCACGGGCACUCGCACCAGCAGCAGCAGCGGUCUGCUCUGGACGGGCAUGGCCCGCGACCGCAGCGGCAGGCCUCGUCCUCGGUGCGGCUCCCUCGCAACGAGCUGCACCCCAUCCCCCUCAGCCCCGCGGCCGCCGGGAUCCCCCUGUCCGUGCACCAGCGCAACUCCCAGCGCUCCCAGGCGUCGGGCGACCUCGCCGCCUCCCAGCUGCACCCGUACUUCGAGAACGGCAAGGUGUGCUACCGCUACGUGGAGACCCCGAAAACGGAGGAGCCGCCGGCCGCCUUGGCCUCUUCUCAGCACGGCGUGGCCAAAGCGCUCCACCCGCAGACGACUCAGCCCUCCCCCACGCAGACUCCCAAACCACCCCCCUCCAAGGAGCACGCUCAGUCCCAGCCAGAGCCUGUUUACGUCAACUUCCCUUUCGCCACUCCCCAGAAUGCCGCAGCUGGCACCAAGGGCUGGUUGACCACCGACUUAGACGGCGACGCCUCUCAGGUGUCCGAACCUCUGGCCCCUCCUCCCGAGCCCCCGCCAGAGGAGGAGCAGGAGUCGCCACACCACGCCCCUCAGCAGGAUGGCCCCUCCCACAACGUGGACAGUCCCUGCCACAGCGGCUUGGCACUGGACUCCCGCUCACUGGACAUUCCACAGUCCGCCUCGUCGGAAUUGGCGGCUGCCUCCCACUUCCGGAGCCGCUCGGAUCCGCAGAAUUCCAGCGGCGAGAAAAGCCAGGGUCCGAGUCAGUGCCUGAGCGGGAAGGAGAUCGCCUCUCUGCUGAUCGAGAAACUGGCGGAAGAGGAGAGCGAAGCGGGCGCUUGCACGGUCGCGUCGUCCUCGACCUCGUCCUCUCCGCGUGUCGAGCACCCGCCCAACCCGUAUGCCGGUCAGCAGCAGGCCCAGCUGCAGCAUCAGCAGCCUCCUCCGGCCUACAACGUCUACACUCCGGCGCCGACCCGCCAUAGCUCGCUCCGGGAUCCGUCAGCGGCCUUCCACCGCCAGGACCCCUUGCGCAGGUCCUCCGGGGGUCAGUACCGGCAGGCCUUCGACGUCAUGCCAUCUGGCGACCAGGUCCUGAAGUACUACCGCAGUCAGGACUUCAUGCCCGGCUCCCAGGGUGAGGCCCUGACCGCUAACCCCUACCCCCCACGGACUCACUAUCCAGACGCGGCCUACCAACACCGCGGCCCCCAGGAGCUGCGCCCUCCAUACCCGGGCUCCCCACACGCUGCCACGCCGCCCUCCGCAGCCUUCUCCAACCUGGCCCUGGGCACUCCACGAGGGUACGCCAACCAACCCGGGGGCUUCCAGUACAGCCAGUAUCCGGUCCAGCCCAGUCCGCAGUACCCCCCGCGGCGGGAUGUGGUGCUGGACCCGUCGCUCCGACCCCCUCCGACCUAUCGCAACCAGAGGGGACUGGCCAGACAAGGCAGCCUGCCGGGACCCAAUUGGACCAUCCACACCGAGGGCCAAACCAGGAGCUACUGCUGAAGAGCAGUGAGGCUCACAAAAGCACACAAGCCACCAGGGGCCACAAGGGGGCACCAGAGGCCCAUGGCAGGAGCUUCUGUUCUUCAUCAAGACAAGAGCGAGACGGGUGUCCCAGUGGUAAAGGGAGCAGCUUUAGACAACGCAUCUAUGCCUACAGCACUACAGGGACUUGUCAGUGUUUGAUUGUUUCAGGACUUGAGGAUGUUAAGAAAGGCAUUACGCACAUAUCCACCGAGUUGUGACAUCUCACAAGAUCGACAGCGAUGACCUCCAUCAGGAGGAGCCGGCAUCAUUUCAUGAGGGUCCCCGUCCGUCCGUCCAGUCUCACCCUGUGACACCCACCCCCUCGCGCCUCUUUAAUGUCCGAUACCCCACACCCCACACUACCCUCCUGACCCCUCUCACUUGAUCGGACCAAUGAGAAUGCAGAUAUGGCAUGAACGAUGAGGACAGAUCAAAGAAAAGAACCGUUAAGUGGCUUAGAUUUGAAAACAUUCCAGAACAGACUGUGCUUGCCCAACAGGGGGCGUAGGAGAGGCGUGUAGCUGCUAUGCUUUUUAGUGGAGUAUCAGGUAUUCCUGCACACCUAGGUUUUGUUGACUAUAUUUUUCAGGUGUAGGUGUCAUUGGUUUUCGGUUAGCCUACUGUAUCUCUCGCACACAAUAGCACAGUGGAAAUUGUACAGGGAAGUAAGUUUAGUAUUUUAUUUUCCUCGAGAAAACUGAAAAAAUAUUCUUUCAAAAGCUGCUGGUAAUUUUAAUGGACUUUCAAGGCUUUUUUAAACUAUUUCUCCAUGUGAAUAUUCGGCUUUGACAUGUUUUCGGUAGUUUUGAGUUUUGUUAAUUGCUUUUUACAUUUUUAAUUUAUUUUGAGUUUUUCCAUUGUGAAGUCAUGUAAUAUAGUUUUCUUCUUCUUUUUUUUUUUUUGGAAGAAUGUGAAUAAGUAGAAUUAGUUUGUCUUCGUCCCUGAACAGUGUGGGAGUGUAUGCACGCAUUACUAGGCGUGUGUGUGUGUGUGUGUGUGUGUCUCCUAACAGCUUUAUCUGCCUCGGUAAGCUACAAAAAGCACAUUGUUAGGAAAAACACUGCCUUGUGUUAAAGAAGGUGAUCAGUCUAAGGAGCACUCAUGUUCCCCUCAUGGUUCAACCAGUGUGUGUGUGUGUGUAUGUGGGAGUGUGUGGGUGUUUGGGAAAUGUUUCCUGAUGUCGUGAUCUAACUAUACUCAUCCUUCAAGGAUGUUUUUCUUCUCUUGAACAGCCCCUGAUAAUAAUCCGUUUUACAAUCCAGUACGAUCCCCAAUGCAUUGUGGUCUGUAAUCAGCAUGAAUGUUUAUCGAUCGAUGGAUAGUAAUUUUUUUUUAUUCUUUACAAUUCAAUUGGAGUACAGUGUUUCUCCUUGGUCUGUGCAUGAGAGUGAAAGUGGAGGAUCUUAUUUUUAUUCUUCAAUGGUACUGGUAAGAAGGUAUGUUUUUUUUAAAGUAGCUUAUAGCUACUUUCAUCCAAACAAACCACUUGAUCUCUAUAUGUAAGUGGUAAAUAACAAGCAAGAAAUGCCUGAUGAAUGAAUGAGCGUCAUAGAGGGACCCUGUCCAAUUAAUAAUACUUAUGAAGUACUGAAGUCCAGAGUCAGACAUGGCACAUGCAUAUUGUGCUUUCUUCCUUAUUUAUUGCUGUUUCCAUCCAUCACAACAGGUUAAUUAAUUGGUCUAAGAGAUGAGCAUUGCCAGCAUAGACAUAUUUGAACAGUUAGUCAUUUCUGCCCAGUGCUUAGCACUUCUACCCUACCCAUAAUAUCCCUGUCAUUUAGUUCCCCUCGAACAGCACUGGAAAAUGAAGGGGCUGCAUUGCAGUUUUGUUUGGGCGCAGGAAAAUAAAUGCUAAGGAUGAGAGAAGGAAAUGGAUAAAAUUUGUAUCGGGUGUUAUUGAAUGAUGGCUAGAUGUGGUAGCUUUUUUUUUUUUACCACCCAGCAAGUCAUUCAGUGCUUUUGGUGCCUUUCUGGUGGAACAAUCAGUAAUCUGGAAACUGAACCGUAAAAAAAAAACAGUUGUUGAGGCGUGGCUGUUAUCUCAUCUACAGCCUGUGAAAACACAAAUGGAUGAGAGCAGCUAUAUCUGGUCCCAGCACCAGAGAGCCCAUGCCCUCGACUCCAGCACAACUGUUGUCUCUGAGAAUACCUGUAGACGGAAGACAACGUUGCACACUUUUUUUGUACAAUGUAACUAAACACCCCCCCAGUGGUCUUUGACUUGGGCUAUUUGCUGUGAUGGUCUGAAAGGUAUACGGUAGAGCAUGUAUGGUAUCUUAACAUAUUGUCGUGGUACAAAGUGAGCCUUGGUGUGUGUGUGUGUGUGUGUGAGACAGAGAGAAAGAGAGAGACUGCUUCCUCUUUUGGACUCAUAUCUAUGCAGUGAACAGUGAAGUACAUUGAAAAGUUCUUUCAAGUUAGAAACAUCCUCCUUUAAAAUGGCUAUACUACCUGUGUGUGUGUGUGUGUGAACGAGAGAGAAUGUGUUUCUGUUGGUGUGUAUGUGUUGGUACAUGAAUGCACUGUAACCUGAACUUUCAGUCCAAUGUUCUCCCUUCAGCCUUAUAGCACUUUGCAAAAAGGCAGUUCAUCUUAUUUUGUAAUAUUUUCCAAUGUGUGAAUAAAAAGUUGAUGGACACAUCAAUGACACAA